CGCAUCGGAGCGAAGCCGACGAGUCCGGAGCGUCUUCGCAUCGAAGGUGUUAGUAAUAUGUCAACGGAACUCGACGUUCGCGCAGCGGACAUCAUAGAAGCGGAGAAGAUGUUGGUUCGGCAAGCCCAGAGAGAGAGUUUCCCAGAGGAAUUGACAAACCUGCGAUCCUCGAAGCCAGUGCCCAAGGACAGUCGGAUUAAGAAACUCGCCCCUAUACUUGAUGAAGAAGGCCUCAUGCGUCAAGACACACGCAUUAUUUCCGCACCAGGAGUGAAUAACGAGACAAAAUCCCCCAUGAUUCUUGACGGCCGCCAUUACAACUCAAGACUCAUCAUCUUUCACGAACAUGUCAAAGCCUCACAUCAGUUUAAUGAGCUCGUUCUAAAUGAACUUCGACAAAGGUUUUCGAUCUCAAGAGCCAGAGGAACCAUUCGCAGCGUAGCAAGCUCCUGUCUAAAAUGCAAGAGAUGGAACACGAAACCUAUGCAACCUCAGAUUGGUAACUUACCUCUAGAACGCCUAGAUCAUCAUAAAAGACCAUUUACCCACGUCGGCCUUGAUUACUUUGGCCCUAUUCUGGUAACGCUAUACAGACGGCGCGAGAAACGAUACGUUGCCUUAUACACAUGUCUCACAACCAGAGCGCUUCACCUGGAAAUUGUGCACUCACUCACUGCAGAUAGCGCAUGAGCCUCAGGCACUUGAUUGUUCGCCGAGGAUCGCCUACCACUAAGUAUGUUUUCCGACAGCGGGACCAACU